AUGUCAAGCAGUGGCCCGUUUGGUGCAAGUGCUGAGGCAAAAAGAUUCGUGGAGAAUUUAUUAUCGGAUCUCAGGACGCUCUCACAGGAAGCCAGGAAGAAAUAUUCGCCAAUUAGAGAGGCUGCAGAAUCUGGUCUUGUGAAGAUUAAGAAUAUAAGUGCUGCAUCAAAUGAGCACAAUUUACUGACAAACAUUCGUCUUGCAAGUGCCGAGCUUCUUCAGCCACUCACCCUGGCCUGUUCAAGCAGAAAUGCUCGGCUUGUCCAGAUCUCAUUGCAUACAAUCCAGAAAAUGGUGCAGCAUCGUGUGAUUGAGUCUGCCUCGGCACAUGUUAUUGUGAAUGAGCUAUGGAAUUUGAUGGAAGCCGAAUGCGAGGAAUUGCGUAUUUUACAAACACUCACUCCUUUGGUAGGCACCGAACUGCUUGUCACUGGGCACUGGCUUGCCAAGUGUCUUGUAAUGUGCUUCCGUUUAAAUUUUGCGAAAGAUCCAAUCGUGAUCAAUACGGCUUCGGCAACGGUGAGGCAAAUGGUGAGCUGCGUCUACGAAAGAGUCAUUCAGGAAGAUGGCUUAAAAGGAUGCGAAAUGCCAAUCGUUCAUCAGACUGUGCGAUUCAAUGUCAAAGCAGCACCACCAACACUGCGACCUUGUGCCUCUGACGGCUAUAUGCUCUUUCAUCAUCCGGAGUUUGCCCAGCUACUGAAGGAUCAGGUGUGCCCACUGAUAAUCAAAUUGUUUGCCCCAAAUCAUAAACAGAUACAGGUUUCACCGCAGCAUCCUUAUUCAUCGAACUGGCGUGCAUCCGCGGAUUCUACUUCAUCCCAGGUUCCCUGCUCCCCGGAGCGUAUAUAUUUCCCAAUUUCAAUGCGACUUUUGCGUGUGGUAGUAAUUCUGAUCACGCUCUACUAUCACAUACUGGUUAGUUUAUUAUAUUUCUCUCCUUUUAAUUAUGCUUCAACUAAUUCAACGUCGAUAUUUGUCUCCGCUUUUAUUUUAUAUACUUUAAUAAAGAUAACUAGAGGACUUGCUUCUACGAUUUGUUGAUU